CAAAAAGGAAACUGAGAGCAAAAGGCAACUGAAGGGAUAUAUAACUGUCACUUAGUUAGACAAACUGCUUUGACGAAGCAAUGGAGGGGUUCAGACACCUUUCGUAGUCUUGUGAUUUUCCACAUCUUAUGACAAUACUGCUCUGGUCAAUUCAAGAGGGUGGGGCAGGAAGCACACAAACUAAAAGCUUUCAUAAAGAGGAAGAGACUUUCUUGGCUUGUUGACUGGAGCAGGGUAGCUGCCUGCCUGAGGACUAACAGACUCAUCAGAGGACUCUGUUGGAAGGUUGCCCAACAGAAUAGAGAACACAGACAUUCUUCUUAAUCCCACACCUCAUCACAGUCUCACUGUGUAUGUGUCAACGGAGGAGAGAACAGAGAGGACUGUUGGAGAGAGAACCAGAGGAGGAUGAAGUCUAUCAAAUUAGAUCAGUCGGCUACAGUCGAUGAUCUUACGGAGGCCUGCAUCAAAGCAUUUGAUUAUGAAGGCAGGCUGAAUGAUGAGUCUCUGGUCCGGAUGUUUCUCAUGAUGCAUCCAUGGUACCUCUCCUCUACUGACCUGGCCAAGAAACUCUCCAGCAAGUCGCUGGAGGAAAACUGUCUGCCUGAACUCAGGUCACAAAUCUGCAAUCUUAUCAAGUACUGGAUCAGCGAGUUCCCAGCAGAGUUUGACCUGAACCCAGAGCUGGCAGAGCAGAUCAGAAGGCUGAAGGAGCAGCUGGCUCAGCAGGGAGAGGAGCACCAGAGCACACUCAUCAACGUUGACAGUGUGCCGUCAUAUGAGUGGAGUAGGCAGGUGAGCCAACCAGCUCAGUCUGAUUUCAAGAAGAGGAAGACGUCUCUCCUCUUUGAUCACCUGGACUCAUCUGAACUAGCAGAGCACCUCACCUACAUGGAGUAUAAGUCCUUCUGUAGGAUACUGUUCCAGGACUACCACAGCUUUGUGAUGCAUGGCUGCACAGUGGAUAACCCCAUCCUGGAGCGCUUCAUCACCCUCUUCAACAGCGUGUCUCAGUGGAUCCAGCUGAUGGUGCUCAGCAAGCCCACCGCCCCCCAGAGGGCUGCAGUCAUCUCCCACUUUAUUAGGGUCGCACAGAGGUUGUUACAGCUGCAGAACUUCAACACUCUGAUGGCAGUGGUGGGGGGUCUCAGUAACAGCUCCAUCUCACGCCUCAAAGACACACAGUCACACAUCAGCAACGAUGUGAGCAAGGUGUUCAACAACCUGGUGGAGCUUGUGACAUCCUGUGGGAACUACAGCCAGUACCGCCAGCGCUUCUCAGAGAGCACAGGCUUCCGUUUCCCCAUCCUGGGUGUGCACCUCAAGGACCUGAUUGCUGUGCACGUAGCCCUGCCCGACUGGAGUGACCGGGAGAAGACGCAGGUCAACCUGGCCAAGACCCAACAGCUGUAUGCCAUCCUCCAGGAGCUUGCGCUGAUCCAGACCAUGCCACCCAGCGUUGAUGCCAACAUGGACCUGCUCAACCUGCUCAUGGUGUCUCUGGACCAGUAUCACUCAGAGGAAGAGAUCUAUCAGCUGUCCCUGCAGAGGGAGCCCCGCACAGCCAGGCCAUUGUCUACCCCAAGCCCACCUAUGAUUGAAGAGUGGGCAUCUUCAGUGAAGCCCAAAGCUGACCCCACCAUCAUCAGUAAACACAUACAGAAGAUGGUAGAGUCUGUGUUUAAGAAUUUUGACACUGAUGGAGACGGCUACGUUACUCAGGAGGAAUUUGAGAUCAUUAGGACUAACUUCCCAUACCUCUGCAAGUUUGACGACCUGGAUAAGAAUCAGGACGGCAGAAUCAGUCAGGAGGAGAUGAUCGACUACUUCACCAAGGCCAGCUCUUUACUGAACAGCAAGAUGGGGUUCAUCCACACAUUUUCAGAGAAGACCUGCAUGAAGCCUAUGCUUUGCCAUCACUGUAAAGGCAUCAUGUGGGGAUUUUACAAACAAAGAUACAAGUGUAAAGCCUGUGGGGUGAGCUGCCACAAAGAUUGUCGCAACCGCCUUGCUGUGGAGUGCCGCAAACGAACACAGAGCACCUGUCACGAAUACCAUUCUCCCCAACACUCCCGUUCCUUCAGUUUGCCUGCUAUAGCUCAGCCGUUACACACUGUACAACAUACAGUCAUUACAGAGGAAGCUCCUGACUCCCCGGGGGAUGAAGUGUUUGAUGUCCACCUUUGAGGAG